AUGGAUCUCCUCCCCUUCCCUAGCUCUGUUCCCGUUCAAAGAGAGAUUCGCCAUUCAGAAAGGUCGAUCGAAUACACCAAGCCUAUCCCAGACGAGUUAAUCGACCUUGCAAUUCAGAGAAACAUUACGUGUAUAGAUAAACGCGGUCUAGUAGGUGGCGACGAAGCUUUCUACAUCGCAGAUUUAGGUCAGAUUACGAGACAACACCAGAGAUGGACACGUUGCUUUCCUGAUAUUCGACCGUAUUACGCAAUAAAAUGUAACUCCGACCCGACGCUCCUGAAAUGUCUCGCCGAUCAUGGUACAGGAUUUGAUUGCGCUUCUAUCGAGGAGAUGCGUACGGUCCUCAGUUUAGGUGUUGAUCCUGCUCGAAUUUUAUUCGCAAAUCCGUGCAAGGCUGCUGCAUCCUUGGUCUUCGCUCGUGAAGCUGGAGUGCUACGUACGACGUUUGAUAAUAUCGAUGAAUUGGAUACAAUCAAGACGCAUAUGCCUGAGGCACAGCUGUUAUUGCGGAUUUAUGCCAAUGACGAUAGUGCGCUGAUUAGCUUUGGGGAGAAGUUUGGUGCACCGUUGGAUACGACGCAGGCCUUAUUGGUUAGAGCGAGGGAGCUUGGAUUUGAUGUCGUGGGUGUUAGUUUUCAUGUUGGAACCGGAGCCAAAUCCCCCACGGCAUUUAGCAAAGCAAUCCAACACGCCCGUCAAGUCUUCACGCAAGCCAACAAUCUAGGUUUCACACCUAGCAUCCUCGACAUUGGUGGCGGCUUCGAAGAUAGCAGCUUUGAAUCCAUAUCUUCGCAUAUCCUGCAGUCAAUCCGCACCGAGUUCCCAGCUGGUGUAACCGCUAUUGCGGAACCAGGUCGAUUCUACGCUCGCAGUGCGUAUACGCUUGUUUCAAGAGUUAUUGCCCGUCGUCGGCAGAUGGGUGUUGCGGCUGUACAAGGUGUGCCUGAUAUGCUUUAUCAAAAUGACGGUGUAUAUGGGAGUUUCAUGAAUGUCGUUAUGGAGAAGGAGGUUAUGGUGCCUAUCUUGGUGAGGAAGAGAGGAAAGAGCAAGGGUAAUAAGGAGUAUCGGUACUCUGUUUGGGGGCCGACGUGUGAUGGGAUUGAUUGUGUGGCCAAGGAAGCGAGGUUUGGGGAGGAAGUUAUGAUUGGGGAUUGGCUGAAGUAUAUGAAUAUGGGCGCAUACACGAGUACCACGGCGACCAAGUUUAACGGGUUUAAUACGUCUUUAGAGACGUUCUACGUCAACAGUGAAACGAUGCCCGGGUUCUAG